ACCAAGUGUUCAGCCAGAUUCAAACAAGACUUUUUCAAAUUUUCUGUCUUCCUCGUCGCCGAUCCCACCGUUGAUUCGAUUAGGAAUACAAUUAACACCGCCGUUAUAAAAGUUUGAUCUCUCACAAAGGCGACACAAACACUCAUGCUCCCCACAAUCUUGGCUCUACUUCUGGCUCCACUAGCCACUGCUCUUCCACCGACCAUCAUCAGAUCGCCAAAAGUCACCGGAUGGGGUUGGUGGAGUGAAAUGGAGAGCUGCCCACCUGGCUAUUUUGCUCACGGAAUGCGUAUCAAGUACGAACGUGACAGUGGUUCUCUGGAUGAAACUGGUCUCAACGCGAUCGAGCUGGCUUGUAAGAAUCGUGCGGUUCCCAGCAGCGGUGACACCUACAUCAAGGGCGCUGAGGGAGUGUUUGGAGGGUGGCAAGCCUACCAGUACUGUCCACAAGGGGAAUAUGUGAUUGGAUUCGCUCUUCAGUCGGAAUCAUGGCGUGGAGGAAACAAGGAUGAUGUAGCUGCCAACAACUUUGCAGCAUACUGUGGAAGACCGGAGGCACCGAGACGGAGGUAUAGUUGGAUUCAAGGCUCGGUGAACGAGAGAGGAAGCUGGACCCGCGAUCAGUUCUGCCCAGCUCGACAAAUCGUCUGUGGAAUCAUAGUUCAAAUUGAACCCGCUCAAGCUCCGCAUGUGGAUGACGCCAGUCUUGACAGUGUUGGCUUAAAGUGUUGUGAUUUUUGAAAAAUUUUGAAUAGAACGUGAAUAAAUUCUCAAUAGAAAUCC